AUGGCCAUGUCUCUUAGCAGCUCCAGCCAUGCUUUAUUGGACAAGUCCCUGGAGGAGAACUUCAUGUUCCCCCAUCGCUUGAGGUCUGAGGACGAGAGCCAAAUUACCUCCUGUGAUUUUGAAUCGCCUUGCUCCUGGAGCUUCUCCAAUCACAGCAUCAGAUAUGAUUGGAGGGUCACAUCACCACAGCAACACAGAUCCAGCACACAGGCCAUGAGACCGGUCAGCGACCAUUCGGAGGGGAGCUCUGACGGUCACUUCCUGCUUUUGAGUGCCUCUGCUGCCUCCAGGGCAUCUAGAAAGUGUGAAUACCACGUCACUAGUCCAGUGGUCUACAGUAGUGGUCCACUGUGCCAUCUGCAGCUGGCCCGCUUUGAGUCAGGGCCCACCGCUGGAAAUCUCUCAGUCUUAGUGAAACCAGUCGACUCAGCAUCUGUCAUCAGCACAACAGCUCUCAGUGGCAGAGCCCAAGAUGGCACCAGGGCCCAGUGGGAGGUGCUGGAGACGGUGAUUGGAGAGGUGGAUGAGCCCUUCCAGGUGACCCUGCUCUACUCCACUUGCCUGGGGAAGGAUAGGGGGACUCUGGCCCUCGACUCCCUGGAGCUCAUAGACUGUGACAUGGGUCACCAUGAAUUACAGCUGGGCACAGACUGUGACGAGAUCACUUCUUUCCACUGUGACCUAGGAGGCUGCAUUGACAAGACUAGAGUAUGUGACUUCCACAGUGACUGCCCCCUAGGGGAGGAUGAGGGAUUUAUCUGUGACACUCUGCCUUAUGGAGCCCACUGUUCCUUUGAGCCUGGGUCCUGUGGCUGGUCAACAUCCAGUGAGCUGUCCUCUUGGAGGAGGGUCAGUGGGGAGGAACUAGAACACAGUACAGACAUGCUGGGGACAGCUCUGCAAAACACCCAAGGGCACUUCCUGUUCCUGGCGGUGAGAGGGAACAGUUCCAGUAUUAAAGCGUCUGUCCGAAGUUCCUCCUUCCCCCGACCGGUCUCUACCAUAGCCUGUCAGUUGCAUUUCUCCCUGUAUCUCUAUGGGGAGUUUAAUGGCACCGUGCUGCUGUCGCUAGAGGAUAACAGUACUGUUGCGUCCCCGUUGGUGUGGGAGAGGUCUGGACAGUGGAAAGACAACUGGCAGGACAUCACUCUGCAGCUACCUGCCCUCCUCAAUGGGUUCCACCUCAAGGUGAAGGCUCUGUGGGGACCAGGCUCCAAUGCUGACAUCGCCCUAGAUGACAUCGCCCUGGGGGCAGCAUGCUUUGACACAGAUCUCAACUCCCUGCUGCUCGGACACAGAUUCUUCCAUGAAAUGGACUCCAUUAGUGAACUGGAUUUCUUCAGCCCCCUCCCAGAGCCCUCUGCCUCAGAGGUGUCCCUGAUGACCUGGUGGUUCACAUCCUGUGGGGCCAGUGGCCCCCGAGGUCCCACCCAGGCCCAGUGUGACAGCGCAUACCGUAACACCAACGUCAGUGUCACCGUGGGCAAGGAGGGCCCGUUCAAAGGAGUGCAGACCUGGAGGGUACCAGCCACCAACAGAUACAUGAUCUCAGCCUAUGGAGCUGCAGGUGGCAAAGGAGCAAAGAACCACAACAAGCGUUCCCACGGGGUCUUCAUCUCAGCCAUCUUCCCUCUGGAGAAGGGAGACAUCCUGUAUAUACUGGUGGGACAUCAAGGGGAGGAUGCCUGUCCAGGGAGAAAUCCUCUGACACAGAAGAUCUGCCUGGGGGAAUCCUCAGUGAUAGAAGAUGAGUUCACUGGUGAUGAUUGGGCAGGUGGUGGAGGAGGCGGUGGAGGAGCCACCUAUAUCUACAACAUGGACGGUGGAGUACUGGUGCCUCUACUCAUAGCAGCUGGUGGUGGAGGUAAAGCCUACCUGGAGGACCCAGAGAGCAGCUUGGACCAGAUUCCUCUGGAGCAGUAUGAGAAUGACACGGUGGCCACCAGCUCCAACGGCAAGACUGGGGCAGCAGGGGGAGGUGGAGGUUGGAAGGACUCCUCCAGCCACUUGUGGGCAGGGAAGUCUCUCCUGGAGGGGGCCGAGGGGGGUUCCUCCUGUCCCCAAGCCUUAUCCAAACUGUCCUGGGCUACCUUCGGUGGGUUUGGAGGGGGAGGGGGAGCCUGCACUGCUGGAGGAGGAGGAGGCGGAUACAGAGGUGGCGAUGCCGCGCUGACUGAUGACAUCACAGCGGGCGGUCAGGAUGGCAUCUCCUUUGUUCAUCCCAUGGGGGAGAUAUUUCUCCAGCCGCUGGCAGCCAUGGAGAGCCAUGGAGAAUGUGAGAUCAAGGUGCAGCUCAACUGCAGUCACUGCCAGACCCAGAGCUGCAAACGAGACGAGGACACCCGACUCAUCCUCUGCCUCUGUCACAACGAGGAGGUGCUGGCCAGUGACAAUGUCACCUGCACAGCAGCCCCUCAGGGCCUCACCCCAAAAGGCCAGCUGUCCCUGUCCCUCAUCCUGGCCGUGGUGGCAUCUAUCGUGGUGACGGGCAUCGUCCUGACCUGCGCCAGCCUCACCAUCAUAUACUACCGUAAGAAGAACCAGCUGCAUGCGGUCAGGCUGCGUCUCCAGAGUCCAGAGUACAAGCUGAGUAAGAUCCGGUCAUCCACCAUCAUGACAGACUACAACCCAAACUACUGCUUUGCUGGCAAGGCUGCUUCACUGAGCGAGCUGAAGGAAGUACCACGCAAGAACAUCACCCUCCUCAGGGCGUUGGGCCAUGGAGCAUUUGGGGAGGUGUAUGAGGGCCAGGUUCUAGGGAUGAAUGGCGAGAACACAGCCAUGCAAGUGGCCAUAAAGACUCUUCCGGAGAUCUGCUCCGAACAGGACGAGAUGGAUUUCCUGAUGGAGGCCCUGAUUAUGAGUAAGUUCAGCCACCAGAACAUAGUGCGCUGCAUCGGGGUGAGUCUGCAGAUCCUGCCCCGCUUCAUCCUCCUUGAGCUGAUGACUGGAGGAGAUAUGAAGAGCUUCCUGAGACAGAACAGACCCAAAACGAGUCAGAGCUCCUCCCUCACCAUGCUGGAGCUGCUACACGUGGCCAGAGACAUCGCCUUCGGCUGCCGUUACUUGGAGGAGAACCACUUCAUCCACAGAGACAUAGCUGCCAGGAAUUGUUUGCUGACCUGCCCUGGGCCAGACAGAGUGGCUAAGAUAGGGGACUUUGGAAUGGCACGUGAUAUAUACAGGGCCAGCUACUACAGAAAGGGUGGCCGUGCCAUGCUGCCCGUCAAGUGGAUGCCGCCAGAGGCCUUCAUGGAGGGCAUCUUCACCUGCAAAACGGACACAUGGUCGUUUGGAGUACUGCUCUGGGAGAUUUUCUCUCUGGGCUACAUGCCUUACCCCUGCAAGACCAACCAAGAGGUUCUGGAGUUUGUGACGAGUGGGGGGAGGAUGGACCCCCCGAAGAGCUGUCCCGGGCCUGUUUACCGGAUCAUGACUCAGUGCUGGCAGCACUGCCCUGAACACAGACCCAAUUUCUCCACCAUUCUGGAGAGGAUCAACUACUGCACUCAGGACCCUGAUGUGAUCAACACACCCCUGCCUGUGGAGUAUGGCCCCACAAUAGAGGAGGAGUUGAGCACUGUGAUCUGCCCUGACACCUCGGGUAGUCUGACCCCUCUGCUGGUGGCCCACUCUGCCUCCCAGGAGGUCUCUCCCCAGCUCAGCAGCCUGGGUCUGGGUCUGAGCAUUGGUCCCACCCCGCUGCCCCAACCACACAAGCCCCGUCUGCUGCUACAUAGGCCCCAGCAGCUGCCUCAGGAGGUGGCCUCAUACCGUGAGGCCCUAGAGCCCUGCUGGGCUGAGCCUGUGCCUGCUCCAGGGGUCUGCCCUGGGGCCUGGCUCCAACCCGAGCCCCUCCGGCCCUGCUCCAGGAACAGCUCCUUUUCAGGCAGCCAGAGGCUCAAAAACAAGACCAAGAACCUAUGGAACCCAACCUACGGCUCUUGGGUGCUGGAGAGCUUUGGUCAGGGGAAGACAGCACUGUCUCAUACCCAGUCCAUGCCCCUGUCCAGCAGCUGCUCUGCCCUCCAGGCAGCACCCCCUACCUCCGAGUGCACCGACUCUGGGUGCGAUGGCAGCCUCGGCCUCCCUGCCCCCAGCAGCCUGUGCUCCUCAUCCCCCUCCUCGCCCUGCCAGACCCUUUCUGCUCCCCAGGGUGCACCCAGCCUCAGCCUGGUGUCCUCCCGGAAGGGCCCAGCAGGAGGAGCCAGUGGGUGCCAGGCUGUGGACCUGGCAAAGCUGCAGAGCUUCCCCUGUGGCAAUGUCAACUAUGCCUACGACGAGCAGAGCUACGAGGCGGAGAGACUGCCCCUGGUGGUGCCCAAAAGCCCAGAGCCCUGCCCCAGCACCAGCUGUGCCCCCAGCGCCUCUUUCUCCUCCUGCUCAGGGGCAGGCCUGGGCGCAGCCUCCUCUUGUAUGCCCAAACUGCUACUGAAGCGCCACGCCAGCUAUGGACACGAAGAUGUGAGGAAGCACACCAAACCUGAGAAACCCACCCGGGACAGAGACUCAGGCUUCUCCCUGUCGGAGGACCUGAGCGUCACCCCUGUCUAA